AUGGUGCACGUUUCGUUCUACAGGAACUGUUAGUAUAUUUUUUCUUCUCCUCUCCUCCCCUGGACAUUGGUGUCUCCGGAUCGAUCUCGGCAGAAAUCUCGGUUUGGACUUUAUUUAUCGGUUGUGGUAUUUUGGUUGUUGCUUAUACUUCUGUGGCUUUUGUGAUCUGCCGACCUCGUGCUCGCUAAUCGGCGUGUUCGAAUUUGUCCGUGUGCGUUCUUUUUCCUGUCGUUGAUGCUGUUGUUGCGACGUCCUGCUCGUCAGAUGUUCUAUUCUUCUCUCGAGCGAACGAGAUUCCAGGCUCUGUAGAUUCUCUGGAUUUGAUUUUUUGUUAAUUUGGUUGGUCUCACGGGUUAUGAUCUAUCGAAAUGGUUAGAUAUCCGGUUGAAAUUCUCCAUCUCAAGGUAGCUUCCAUGGUCGUAGAUUCAUUUGAUUUCUCAACCGCGUAUCCCUUUCCGUCUGUCGAUCUACACCGGCCACGCCUGUCCUGAAGAGGGGAACCAGACGACCUCACCUUCUUCCUCGUCUUGCCAGAUGGUAAAACGUUCAAGAAGCCGCGGCGCCCUUACGAGAAGGAGCGUCUGGAUCAGGAGCUGAAGCUCGUCGGAGAAUACGGGCUGCGUUGCAAGAGGGAGCUGUGGAGGGUGCAGUACGCUCUGAGCCGCAUCCGCAACGCCGCCAAGGAGCUCCUCAAGCUUGACGAGAAGGACGAGAAGCGGAUCUUCGAGGGGGAGGCGCUCCUGCGCAGGAUGAACAGGUACGGGCUGCUUGACGAGAGCCAGAACAAGCUCGACUACGUCCUCGCGCUGACGCCGGAGCACUUCCUCGAGCGCCGUCUCCAGACCCUCGUGUUCAAGUCUGGAAUGGCCAAGUCCAUCCACCAUGCCCGAGUACUCAUCAGGCAGCGCCACAUCAGGUACUCCGCCCCUGAUUAAUCUUUCUCGGAAUUAUUUCCUCUUCAUGUGUUCAUAAUUAUUCUCUUCAUCCGCUCGAUCACGGAUCAAAUUAAUCCCAAGAUCGGUUAAUUUGCUUGAGAAUUUUCAUGAGAAAGGAAGAUACAUCGCCCGAUAAUGCACCAUGGAUUGGUCAAUAUACUAAGUAUGAUGAUCGAAUCGUUGACUUAGAUUUUCAGGAGUUAGUCGCUGGGCUUGCAUGGAUUCUUCAAUCCCUUCUGUUGUUCCCCACCUCUCCGCGUUGACCUUGAUGGUUACCAUGCUUCGUAUCUGAUUGUUUGCUAAGGUUUCAUCCCCUCUCUGGUGUCCGACUCCACGCAGGGUCGGGAGGCAGGUGGUGAACAUACCCUCGUUUAUGGUGCGGGUUGACUCCCAGAAGCACAUUGACUUCUCCCUCACCAGCCCGUUUGGCGGUGGCCGCCCAGGGAGAGUGAAGCGGAGGAACGCCAAGGCUGCUGCUAAGAAGGCCGCCGGAGGGGACGACGAAGAAGACGAGGAAUGA